UUCAGUGGAAAAGUCGAAGCUUUUUCCACUAUACCAAGAGUUUCUUGUCGAUGGAUUUGAGACCUUUUUAUCUCGAGUGGAGUCAUUGAAAAAAAGCUAGAUUGGAUGGAAAUUCAACUAUGAUAGAACCCAGUAUAUCUCGCGAAGAAAUGGAACAGCAUGAGAAAUACAUGGGCGAAGCCCUUGCCAUGGCGGAACUGGCGAUCUCAAAUGAUGAGACACCAGUGGGUUGUGUCUUUGUACAUAAUGGAGAAAUUAUCGGACGCGGAAUGAAUGACACAAAUAGAUCCCUCAAUGGAACCAGGCACGCCGAAUUUGUGGCCAUUGAAGCUAUUUUACGCGAUCACCCACUAGAAAUAUUUCAGGAAACUGAUCUAUAUGUAACGGUCGAGCCAUGCAUUAUGUGUGCCUCGGGUCUUCGUCAAUAUGGAAUUCGAUCUGUUUACUUUGGCUGCGCGAAUGACAGAUUCGGUGGCACCGGUGGAGUGCUCAAUAUACAUUCAGACUUCAAUCUGGAUCCUCCAUACUUUGUCCAGGGAGGAAUUUUCAGAGAAGAAGCCAUCAUGUUACUGCGCAAAUUCUACAUCCAGGAAAAUGAGAAAGCUCCUGAGCCAAGACCGAAGAAAAACCGGGAGCUCAAAACAGAAAUCGCUCCAUCAGAGACGGGAAAGCAGCAUCCUUGAGUAUCACAGAAUGGAAGAUGGUCGACCGUCUUUCGCAACAUAAGAAAUCACAGCCCUGUGCAGCAAUGGCAUUCCACGCCCACAGCGAUAUCCAUCAUCUAACCACUCAUCGCUGAGCUGUUCCUUAGUUUAAUGAACCCUGAAACUCUCGCUCGCCGAGUCUAGCUUGGUGAGGAGAGUAGAGCUGUCAACUAGCUAUAUUUUUCGGGGGCAUCUAAGUCCUACUCCUCUCAUCGUUCACAAUUUAACGAAACAAAGCAAAGCACGUAUGGC